UAUUGCGUGCUUUUAUGUUCAGGUUUGGGUUGAUAUACUACAUCUAGGUGCAACUGGUGCAACUGUUUUGUUAUGCCUUUCGGCUCACACUGAAGAUUGCAUAGAAAUCUUGUUAAUUUUGGUCUAAGGCAGUUGACCUGGUUCUUUCCUCUGUUCGGACUCUAAGGGACGCUGUUGAUCAGGAAAACAGAGGGUUGUUUCUGUGACAGAGGAGAGAAAGAGGAGAGGUUGAACACACUUCAUAUAAGGAGGCGUUCGAGAGAAAUUCUGUCGCAGUAAAAGGACGUUUUUGAUUUCACCCGAGCUAUUUACUGAGUAUACGAGCAGCUGUGUGGAACUGGAUAGUAGAUUGCGUUUCCGUGUGUGGCUGACUGAACUAUUUUACAGUUAAAAUCAGGAUUUUUCUCUGAACAACAUGGGAGUACUCCAGCAGCGAUGCAGAAAAUGGCUGUUGUGCUGGACACCAACAUGGCAUCUGCUGAUUUUCUUCUUGAUGAUUUUCACCGUCAGUGGCCAGAUCCGAUAUUCAGUACCGGAGGAGAUGAAGAAAGGCGCCCUCAUCGGUAAUGUGGCACAGGACCUUGGUUUGGAUCUAACAAGGCUCCGUUCAGGCCGGGCCCGUAUCGUGAGCGGAGAAACCAGUCAGUACACCGAGCUGAGGGCAGACAAAGGGAUUCUAGUGGUGAAUGAGAGAAUAGACCGAGAGGAGCUUUGCGGAGAGGUAACACCGUGCAGCUUCAGCUUUGAGAUUAUUUUAGAGAAUCCGAUUGAACUGCACAGGAUAACGGUAGAAAUAUUAGACGUAAACGACCACGCACCAACAUUCAAAAAUAAAGUGAUUAAUUUAGAAAUUAGCGAGUCUGCUACCAUAGGAUCUCAUUUCGACUUAGAAAGUGCCUAUGAUCCUGAUGCGGGGAUUCACGGCUUACAAAAUUAUGUUUUGUCCCCUAAUGAUAAUUUUGCUUUGAAGCAACACUCCAACGCUGAUGGAAUUAGAUUCGCUGUCAUGAUUUUGCAGAAGCCGUUAGACAGAGAGUUGAACCCACACCUCUCUUUGAAGCUGAUAGCAGUAGACGGAGGAACGCCGCAGCGAUCUGGUACAGUAAAUAUAGAGAUCACUGUUCUUGAUGCAAAUGAUAAUCCUCCUGUGUUUAAUCAAUCACUGUACAAAGCCACUGUGGCAGAAAACGCCCCCUUAGGCACCUAUAUAACGACUGUGAAUGCUUCAGAUGCUGACAGUGGAUCGCAUGGCUUAGUUACAUACACGUUUUCUAAUGUCAAGGGGAAAUCUGCCGAAAAAUUCGAAAUUGACAGUGUCUCUGGCAGAAUCAUUGUUGUUGAUAAUAUCGAUUUCGAAAAAGACAAAAAAUUCGAAAUAAGAGUGAUCGCCAAAGACCAGGGUGGCUUAAGUGAUGCAACCAAAGUUGUCAUAGACGUUGUUGACAUAAAUGAUAAUGCGCCAGUUAUUAACAUAAUGUCAUUCUCCAACAUGAUUUCAGAGGAUGUCCCUCCUGGUUCAACAAUAGCUGUUUUUAAUGUUAAAGAUGCAGACUCCGAAAGAAAUGGUCAGAUAGCAUGCUCAUUAGAUUCCAAUCUCCCCUUUAAAAUACAGUCUUCCUUGACUGAUUAUUACAAUCUGCUCUCAGAUGUAGCCUUUGAUCGAGAAACGAAACCGGAAUACAACAUAACAAUAACUGCAACAGAUUCAGGGUCACCCCCACUUUCUACAACAACAACUUUACAGUUAAAAAUCUCUGAUGUAAAUGACAAUGCUCCACGCUUCACCAAACCGAAUUAUUCAGCUCAUGUUAUUGAAAAUAACUCCCCUGGGAUGUCAUUAUUCAGUAUGAGCGCCCGAGAUUCUGAUUGGAAUCAAAACGCAAGGAUCUCAUACUUUCUAGAGGACACGGAGGUCAGUGGCAGCCCAGUUUCUUCUUAUGUGUCCAUAAACUCUGAGACUGGAGUUAUACAUGCAGUGCGCUCUUUUGAUUAUGAGCAGAUUAAGCAGCUUGUAUUCACCGUCAGAGCGCAGGAUGGAGGCUCUCCUCCACUCAGCAGCAACGUGACAGUGAAAAUGAUGAUCCAGGACCAGAACGACAACCCUCCUCAGGUUCUGUAUCCAGUCCAGACUGGUGGCUCUGUGGUGGCUGAAAUGGUGCCUCGUUCAGCAGAUGUGGGCUAU